CCGUCAUUGUCCAAUGUGUCCGCAACGGGAAGGACACCACUUGUACACAAUUCGCCGCCGCCAAUGAAACCUUCGACAACAUUGAAGAGCAGGUAACGCAACUCAACCUCGACCUCAAUGUCACUCACACCGCCCCCACUCCUGCAGUCUCUGUCCCCAUUGCCGCUGCUCCCCCACCUACUACUGUCCCUGACUUCAGGCCUGAAAAGUUUCCAUACCCUGAAAAAUUCGACGGUACCCGCAUGAAGCUCCCCGGAUUCACCACUCAACUCGGAAUGAAACUUGAGGUCAACCACGAUCGAUUCCGAAAUGAGGCAGCAAAAGUUAUCUAUGCCGUCAGCUGCUUGGAAGGAAGAGCCCUUGACCAGGUCGUUCCACUCAUUAACGCUAACCCUACUGGCCCCUUCUCCUCCGUCACUGCCUUCGUUGCCUACCUGGAAGCCUUGUUUGGAGAUCCAGAUCCCCAGGGUACCGUCCGUCUCCAACUCGUUGCCCUGAAGCAAAGCAAAGGGGACUUCGCCAUCUAUUACUUACAGUUCCUCCGUAUGGUGACCUACCUAGACUACAAUGAAGGAGCCAAGCUCAAUGCCCUGAUCGAAGGACUUGGAUACAUGACCAUGUUAAUGACAAUCGACAACCAGGUUCGGGGCCGUAAAGCUGAACAACGGGCCAUCAAUAAUAUGAUGGGACAAUUUACCGCCCCCGCCGCUGUCACACACCCAUCUCAUGCCGCUGGAGACCUCCCCCCAAUAGACCUCUCCACCCUCGAAGCCCAUCCCACUCAAUGCCCUGCCACCGAACAACGAUGCACCUUUGUCAAUGGACAACGCAAAACCUCCACCGCUGAAAACCAAUGGAGAAGGGAUAACAAUCUCUGUAUGUACUGCCCAAACCCCGGGCAUGUCUUCGCCAACUGCCUUUCUGCCAAUCACCUGCCUGGGAACCAACCGGUUAUGAGGGGCACCAUCCUCGCACCCACGCAUACUGCCGCCGACCCAACUGUACCACCGAUCGCUAGCUCCGCCUCCUCUGACUUCUCAGGAUUAUCUGUGGAGGAUAAAUUGGAUGGGGAUCAUUUUGUUGCUUCUUGUAAAAUUGUAAACAAUAAAAUAUCCAUUCAAACUCACGCAUUGAUUGAUACCGGUUGCUCCGGAUUCGCAUUCAUUGAUGAAACAUUCGCGCGCCAUAACAACUUCCCAUUUCUCCCCCUCAAAUCACCCUGCACUGUUGAAGUCAUCGACGGACGGCCCAUAUCCUCUGCACAGAUUACCCACCUGUGCUACCUACCGCUGUCAAUUGACUCCCACCAUGAAACUAUCCCCUUUUUCGUCACCAAACUUGGCUCAUACCCACUCGUGCUCGGGAUACCUUGCCUUCAAAUACAUGACGCCAAAUUACGGUUUAAGGACAAUAGCAUACUGUUCGACUCAGAACACUGCAAAUGCAACUGCAACUCCUCCGCAAUACCGUUCCCAUUAGAGGGAUUGCACCAGCACCCCUCUUCCACCUCGAACAAGCUCCAAAUCUUCAACACAACUAUCGAGGAAAUCGACCAAGCCAUGGACGAGGCCUCUGAGGAAGACUGGAGGAACCAAGUCCCAACCUGGUACAAGAAGUUCCACCAGAUAAUGGACGAGAAGUUCGCUAAUAAAAUACGGCCUCGCCGCCGCUAUAACCAUAAGAUACCAUUUAAGGAAGGAAAAGAAUCCCCGUUUGGGCCACUUUAUGGUAUGUCCCGUGAGGAACUCAUCGUGCUUAAGCAAUACAUACAGGAUACCCUCCAAAAAGGCUUCAUUCAGGCUAGCUCUUCACCUGCCGGUGCCCCUGUUCUAUUUGUUAAAAAGGCCGAUGGGACGCUCCAUCUCUGUGUCAAUUAUCGUGGCCUCAAUGAACUCACUGUCAAAAAUCACUACCUGCUGCCGCUCAUCCGGGAAACUCUCGACCGCCUUUCCAAAGCCAAGUAG